GGGCGCCGUGGCGCAACGUUGAAAUACACACAACAUUCGUUUAUCUUAUCAAAUAUGAUAAUUUUGUAGCCGGAAUGAAAAGGCGGAAUCAGUCUCUUUCGAUUCUCCGGAAUUUAAGCGCAUUAAAUGAAAAAAAUCAAAUAGAUAAGGAUUUGUUUUUUUGUUGUUUAAUAGAUUUUUCUUGCUGUUGUUAAUAUGAAUACGAAAUUACGAUAACAAAAUGUUUAGUGUGUGAAGUAAUGAUGAAAUAUUGAAAUAUUUGCCGAUUCAUUUGCUGUUUAUCGAGAUGAGGUCCCAAUCUUCGGGCUACCAAGGUUACCCUUACAUCAACCCACCGGUGGUGGAGGCACCUUCGGUAGACCCAGCAUCGGCAGCAGCUAACGCCGCGCGGUGGUCGAGUAUGCCACGGCGACAAGUCACACGUUUAGAUAAGGAAAGGGUGGUGUUUAUAAACAUCCCCCAAGAUUUGGAUCGACCGAGUCGGAUUAAUGAGGCACAAAAUCCUACAACGUCAAAUGCAGCUUCAUCUGCUAAUGAUAUUAUCACGGAACAUCAGUUACCGGAUAGAGCUGGUGGAAGCAACUUGCACCAGACAGAUGACAACGAAAGAGACAGCCAGGAUCCCGUGAAAGACAAUCCCGACGACGAUCCGGUGGUGUACAUAGAUUUACCGAGCGAUCCGUGCGGAGGCAACGCAGCUCAUGCGAGAGAGGAAAUCGAAGCCCCAGAACCGGGGUUCCUCCAGGACACGAUCUUUUACGACCCGUUCGACGAUAGACGAAUUGAUAUGCCAAAGGUAAAUCCGAGUCUGCAUUCCAUUGGUUCCGAGACGGACAGCGCUUCGGGCCAGAGCAGUUCCGUACGAAGACCGGCUCCGGAAAGACCCACCACUUUGGAGAUUAACAGGAUUUUAAGGCCCGCACCUACGCCCAACUCUCCUGUCAGCGCCGGCACAUCAAUCAACUCGACGCCGUCGUCGAGAUUCCCUGACGGCUACCACCUCAACAGGGCAACCCCGGAAACCAGUCUGCCGUCACCGCUGCCGGUGACCGCUUUUCCUGAACCGCCACCAGCUUACACCGAGAUCGACGCGACCCCUUCGCCGCUAAGUACUCCGCCGCACCCUCAAGAUUCAACUCCGCCGAGGACACAAGUCAUAACAGCUACACCCAUUUCCGGGGAUAUAGCAAACUCGUCUAGAAAGUACUUGGAUUGCCACCACUGCGGCAUGAGAGUACACACGCUGGUCGUGAGAGAAAUAGGGCUCUUGAACCACGUCAUAGCGCUGAUCUGCCUUGUCCUCUGCUUGCUGCCUCUCAUCUGCCUGGUCUACUUAUUGGACUGCUUCAAGAACCAUAACCACUACUGCCCUAACUGCAACAAGGUCAUCGGUUACCAGCUGCCCUUCAACUACAAGAAAAUCUUCUACGUUAGCUGAGAAAUCUCAACCGAAUGAUCUCUUGUUAGACGUGAAAUUGGGUACUUAACAGAGCACUCUUUAGCAAUGAGAUUAAUUCACACUUAGACCCUAUGUUCCAAAACGGAAAUUUCUUAUAAUCUAUAUAUUAAUACGUGAAGCAAAAACUUUGUAUCCCUUUUUACGAAUAUUGCGCGGACGGAGGAGUAUGAAAUUUUCCACACUUAUAGAGAAUAUAGAGAAGAAGUGCACAAUGCUAAUAUUUUUUUAAAAUAAUGCAUAAAAGAUACAUUAAAUCAUUAAAGAAAACAUUACACACACUACAUAUCAUGUAUUUGACGCACACACGCAUGCAUACUAUUUAUUGUCAAACUUUUGUUUUUGACGUCUGUUGUCAAAUUGAGAUUAAAUAUUGUUUGUUUUUGUUAAUAUUUUUUAUAGUAUAGUCUUGGGGAAAUUUGUGAUUAUAGAAGUGUAAAAUAUAAUCAUAAUACUGUACAAACUUACAAUUCCAAUUAAUUAUAGUCGAAUUUCGAUUACUGCGGGACCUCUAGUAAUUAUUAAACUGAAACCAAACCUUAAGAAACAAAUCAAACAGUUAAAUAAAAAGAGCACGCAUAGUUACGCCGAAAAGAAAGAACUUCAGACGCGACCGCUUACCGAAACAUAAGAACCACUGGCCAAUUUCUUAUAACUAUUUAUUUAUUUAUUUUAAUUUAUUAGAUGGGUAGACGAGCUCACGGAUCACCUGGUAUUAAGUGAUUACCGGAGCCCAUAGACAUAUACAACGUAAAUGCCGCUACCCACCUUGAGAUAUGAUUUCUAAGGUCCCAGUACAGUUACAACAGCUCGCCUUUCAAACCGAAAGGCAUUACUGCUUCACGGUAGAAAUAGGCAGGGGGGUGGUACCUACCUGUGCGGACUCAGAAGAGGUCCUACCACCAGUAAUACCCACUGCUAGUAACCUAGGGAGGUUUAGCUAACUUCACCAAACAUGUAGGCGAGCUUGCGGGGAUAAGUCUGGCGACUUAACUAAUACUGGCCCUAGCAAGAGCCGUGCUUGAAUCUACCACCGGAUCGGAAACGCGACCCACUGAGAAGAUCCGGCGAGAAGCUAAAUGGGCUGUGUCUGUUAGUUAAUUUUUACGUAGAACUGUUCGCUUUUGACGGAUUCGACGAGAACGGUGACCGGUGUCUCGGAAUGUGAGUUGACUCGGGUGAGGCAACAAUGUUUCAAAAAUGUAUUUUUUUUUUAUUGCUUAGAUGGUUGGACGAGCUCACAGCCCACCUGGUGUUAAGUGGUUACUGGAGCCCAUAGACAUCUACGACGUACAUGCGCCACCCACCUUGAGAUAUAAGUUCUAAGAUCCCAGUAUAGUUACAACGGCUGCCCCACCCUUCAAGCCGAAACGCAUUACUGCUUCACGGCAGAAAUAGGCAAGGCGGUAGUACCUACCCGCGCGUACUCACAAGAGGUCCUACCACCAGUAAAAAAUGUUAUUACCGAAAACAUAAUUUACGAUAACAAAACGGCUCUAUACCAUUUUCUAGUCUGUUUUGCGUUUGAUUUGUUUUUAACGUUCAUUGUGUAAUAUCGAAAAAAUAAAAAAUAAAAAUUGUAAAUAGACAUGCUUUAACAAAAACCGACUUCAAGUAGUAGAAAAAAAAAGAUAUUCCAAAACCAAUUGAUGCAAUACACUAAAAACAAUAAUUAUCGAAAUCGGUUGGCGUGAUAUUUAGUUAUUGAGUUAUUCAUCUAUUUGUCGCGCACGUACUUAAUGCAAACUAGAUUUUUGUUGUUGUUGAUGCCAUCUUGUUUUGUCUUUAAAGCAGUUAGUUGCUCUCAAUUAAGAAAAAUAGUAUUAUUAUUCGCCAAUAGAUGUCGGGAAGAGUCAUAAAGUUGAUUAUCGAUAAAGUUGAUUAUUGAAAAAAACGAAUAAAACAACAUUUUCUGAAAAUAAUCGUAGCUAGAUCGAUUUAUCGGCCCCGAAAUCCUCUGUAUACUAAAUUUUAUGACAAUCGUUGGAGCCGUUUCCGAGAUUCAGAUUAUAUAUAUCUUUUUUUUUUAUUGCUUCGAUGAGUGGACGAGCUCACAGCCCACCUGAUGUUAAGUGGUUACAGGAGCCCAUAGACAUCUACAACGUAAAUGCGCCACCCACCUUGAGAUAUAAGUUGUAAGGUCUCAAGUAUAGUUACAACGGCUGCCCCACCUUUCAAACCGAAACGCAUUAUUGCUUCACGGCAGAAAUAGGCAGGGUGGUGGUACCCACCCGCGCGGACUCACAAGAGGUCCUACCACCAGUGAUUACGCAAAUUAUAAUUUUGCGGGUUUCAUUUUUAUUACACGAUGUUAUUCCUUCACCGUGGAAGUCAAUCGUGAACAUUUGUUGAGUACGUAUUUCAUUACAAAAAUUGGUACCCGUCUGCGGGAUUCGAACACCGGUGCAUCGCUACAUACGAAUGCACCGGACGUCUUAUCCGUUAGGCCACGACGACUACAAACUAAACUAAUUACUAAUUAAAAAAACUAAUUACAAUACUGUCUACAAGAAUUACAUAUCGAGGACCGAAAUGAUAUUUGAGUCGUCUAUUAUCAAAGGUGGCAAUCUGUGCAUUUGGACAAAAAAAAUUUAUUGAUAUGUUAAUACAGAUUGAUUUGAAUAUAAUCGUCUCCUUCAAAGAAUACGGUUCAAAACCUGCAUUAAAUAAAGGUUAAUAGUUAACCUGUUAUUUAUCUAAGAUGUCGUUCCGAAGAGUUUUGUGACUGCCAAUGGAAUACAAAGUCAAUAAUUCGUUUUUCUGAUUUACCAAUAAUUGUCCAAAAGUCACAUUGCCGGCUUUGAUAAUAGUCGACUCAUUUGGUCUAAGCGAUAUUUUUGCGACUUUACAGGAGAGCCAUUUAAUGUUUAAACAUUUGGAAAAAAUAUAAUAACAAAAAAAAACUUCUUCAGCUAUUUUUGAAUGGAGUAAGCUUAAUUGAAGUUCAAUUAAAAACAUUGAGACUGUUUUGAUCCUGAUACCAAAUAAAACGCACCUUUAAUUACAAAGAUAAAUGUCGCUUAAACCAAAUAGCCGUUUACCCCUUGAUUAACGUCCGUCUGGUGUAGUGGUAAGUGACAUGGUCACUACACUAGGGGGUCGCGGGUUCGAAUCCCGCCAAGGGAAGAUAUUUGUAUGAUAAAUAUAAAUGUCUUUUCCAGGGUUAUGGAUGUAUAUUAAAUAUAUGUAUGUGUAUAAUAAAAAUCUUACAUUUAUUUCCGUUAUCUGGUACCUGUAACACAAGUUCUUUACGAACUUAUCACGAGACCAGUUAACGUGCCGUGAUUGUUAGUAAAAUAUAUUUAAAAUAUACAUAUUUACGUAGUAUUUAAAUUUAAAUAUACAUAUAUUUAAAUAUACAUAUUUACGUAGUAUUGUGAAUAAAAUGAUAUUACCCAUUUAA